CAGAUGAGCGCGACGAGACUGUGGCGGAGGUCAGAUCACCCCCCGCUGAUCCACGGUAAGGUAGACCAGGUUCCUCACCUACAAAAGCUGGAAACCCCCCGGGCCGCUCCAUCUUGGCAUUGUAACUUAUUUCAUACUCCAUACGAGGUACUUGGCCAGUAUCAAUUCACCACCCAAGGUAUCUCAUACCAUCUCCCACAAACAAUCUGAGCAUCGCUUCAUCUUCAAUCCGACCUGAGACCCUUCAAUUGUACGUAUGCAACUGACCUGCGCAACAGCGCCAAUCGGUUUCCCAAUCACAGACUCAAGAUCGGAGCGCAUGCUGAUUAGCUACAUGUAGCCCAUACAUUCACAACCCAUCACUUCCUUCAAUAUGUCUGCGCAAGGUUACUACGGUGGACAACAACAAGCUCAAGGCUAUGGCCCACCACCAGGUCCUCCUCAAGCGGUAUUUCAUCCCUUCUCAAUGGCUUUCCAUCUGUAAACUCCUUGAGGUUUCUUGGACUCCGCAACUAACCAAUUCAGGCAUACGGACAACCGCAAUACCAGCAAGGCUACCCACCACCACAAAGCUACCCACAACAAGGUUAUGCGCCUCAACAGCCACAAGUAAUAUCCCCAUAA